AUGACUACCAUCUUGGACCCAUCCCUCCGACAGAAAUUGGAAAAGCUCCUUCAGAAAUACAAGGUCCCCGGCUUGUGCGUGUCGGUCGUCCGUAAACAAGACAAGCAGUGGGCGGAAGAGGUCUUGCCAUUUGGAACAAGAGAUGGCUCUGGCUCUCCAUGGAAGGAAGAUUCUCUGCACGCGAUCGCAUCCUGCUCCAAGGUCUUUGCGGCCGCGAGUGUGGGCUUGCUGAUUGACCGAAAGACGACACUGCCGAAUGGUCAGCUUCUGACCUGGCGGACGAGGAUCAAGGAUGUCUUGCCGGAGUGGAAAGUCAUGGACGAGGUCACGGAGGCGAAUGCGGAUAUUGAGGACGUUCUAGCGAUGAGACUGGGCAUACCGGGCCACAAUGGAGCUUGGGGAGGCCCGAACGAUACUCAACAAGCCAUGAUUGCUCGCAUGCAGCACUACAAACCCUCAACCGCACUUCGCAAGACCGCCACGUACAGCAAUGACAGCUUUGCCGUUGCCGGCGAAUUCAUCGCCCGACUCACCGGUACGCCUUACCAUGUCUUUGUCAAGGAGAACAUCUUCGAUCCGCUCGGUAUAACCUCGACGACGUUUAACUAUCGAGAGGCACUCGAUACUGGCCGCAGAGUGGAGGGGUUUGUGCAUUACGACCGGGAUGGGAAGGCGGGUAGUGAUGCGGUCAAGAGCGGUGGAUGGAGUGAUGAGGGUGUUGGAGAGGUUGGACAGGUGAAGGGCUGGGAUAUAGGGGAUGGGAUGUUCUUUGCUGCUGCUGGAGGUAUACUAUCCACUGGAGCCGAUAUUAUACACUGGCUCAAAGAGACCCUCGACCCGCACAUCCUCUCAAGGGACACACUCGACGAACUGAACCGGCCCCGGACGUCAUGGGGCGACACGUCGACGCCCCACCCUACCCUCAGCCACAACACCUACGGUAUAGGCCAGUGGACAUGGUACUACCGCGGCCAUCGGAUCGUCGGUCACUCCGGCGAUAUUCCGGGCCACUACUCGAUGGUGUUCCGUCUACCGGAUGACGCCAUCGGACUUGCGGUAUUCUGUAACGACGAGACGUUCGGAGGCGAGAUGGUGAAGACGGUGUUCAUGAUGGUGAUUGAUGAGAUGCUCGGUUUGGGCGGGAUGGUAGAUUGGGAAGACGUCUAUCUGCUCAAGAAGCUGCGCGAGGCGGGGGAGGGUGAGAAGGUGUCCGAGUCGUACCGAUCCAACACGACGGACAUUAGCGGAACAUACCAUCACCCGGCGUACGGUAAUCUCAUCGUCAAGCGUAUCGAAGACCACCCAAUGGGACCCACCUUUUCCCGGUUACUCGCGGAAUAUCCGGGACACUCUAUCCCCCUGCGGCCUAAUGAACAAAUCUACUUGGGCGACCUGCCCCAGAAGUGGAUAGGGAAGCUGCUUCUUAGCAUAUCGGACGCCAAUUUGUUCACGCGAGCAUGGAUCAGGGCGGACGAGAUUGUACGGCCGGGAGAGGCGGACAUGAGGUAUGCGGGGGUCGUCAAUGGCAUAGGCAAGUGUAUGAUACUGGACAAGGGUAUAGGGAUGCCGUGGGACUUUUGCGGGGCCAGUGGCGAAGGGGCGGAUGUCAGCGAGUGGGCAGAGGAGGAUGCUGAGCAUGCGGCGGCGCUUUGGUUCGAGAAGAUCAGUACUUGA